AAAGUUAAGGACAAGAACACAAACUCUUAAACCCUGUACCUUUUGGAUCAUACAUUUCAACAAAGAAAUUCAUCCUUAAACAUCAUGGAGCCUAGAAUUCUGCUAGCACUUGCGUUUGCACCUCUCCUUUUGUCCCCAACAGUUUUGGGGUACAACCAUAUUGAGGUUCAGUCUUGGUGCAGCAAAACACCCAAUCCAGGACCGUGCGAAUACUUUUUAAGCCACAAUCCAAAGAACACUCCCAUCACCCAUGAGUCUGAUUUUCUCAAAAUCUCUACUGAAUUAGCCUUGCAGCGUGCAAUCCAUGCACAGGUCAAUACGUACUCAUUAGGCACAAAGUGCAGAAAUGAGCGUGAAAAGACUGCUUGGGCAGAUUGCCUUGAGCUCUAUGAAUAUGCCGUCCUCUGGCUCAACCAUACCACCACUAGCAAGUGCACCAAAUAUGAUGCGCAAACGUGGCUCAGCACUGCUUUAACCAACCUAGAAACCUGCCGGACUGGGUUCAUGGAGCUUGGAGUGUCUGAUUAUGUGCUGCCCUUAAUGUCCAAUAAUGUGUCAAAAUUAAUUAGCAACACUUUGGCUAUUAACAACGUACCAUAUGAGGAACCUACUUACAAAGGUGGGUUUCCUACAUGGGUCAAACCUGGUGACCGAAAGCUCCUGCAAACAACUACACCGGCUUCUCAAGCUAACAUCGUAGUGGCUAAAGAUGGGUCAGGAAAUUUCAAGACAAUUAACGAAGCAGUUGCUGCAGCAUCAAAAAGGUCAGGAAGCGGAAGAUUCAUAAUAUAUGUGAAGGCAGGAGUAUAUAACGAAAACGUUGAGAUAGGAACAAAGUUGAAGAAUCUUAUGUUCGUGGGUGAUGGUAUAGGGAAAACUAUUGUGACAGGAAGUAAAAGUGUCGGAGGAGGCGCUACCACCUUUAGGUCCGCAACCUUUGCCGUUGUUGGAGAAGGAUUUAUUGCCCGCGACAUGACAUUCAGAAAUACUGCGGGUCCGGAAAACCACCAAGCGGUAGCUCUACGUUCCGGUGCAGAUCUCUCGGUGUUCUACAAAUGCAGCUUCGAAGGAUAUCAAGACACUCUAUAUGUCCAUUCUCAAAGACAAUUCUAUAGAGAAUGCGACAUAUACGGAACAGUGGACUUCAUUUUUGGCAAUGCUGCAGUUGUUCUUCAGAACUGCAACAUCUUUGCACGCAACCCUCCCAACAGAACCAACACUCUUACCGCCCAAGGAAGGACUGACCCUAAUCAAAACACUGGAAUUUCCAUCCAUAAUUCUAGAGUCACAGCAGCUUCUGAUUUAAGCCCAGUCCAAAGCUCCGUCAGGACAUAUCUUGGUAGGCCUUGGAAAGAAUAUUCGAGGACUGUUUUCAUGAAAACUUUCCUCGACAGCUUGAUCAAUCCGGCUGGUUGGAUGGAGUGGAGCGGCAAUUUUGCUCUCGAUACUUUGUAUUAUGGAGAGUACAUGAACACCGGACCUGGCUCAUCUACAGCUAACAGAGUUACUUGGAAAGGUUAUCGUGUCAUCACCAGUGCAGCCGAAGCAUCACAGUUCACAGUCCAGAAUUUCAUCUCAGGAAAUUCUUGGUUGCCAGGCACUAAUGUACCAUUCACCCCUGGCCUUUAACUAAUUAGUUUGUGAAUGUAUUAAAGGUAUACAUAUUGUUAUUUCAAGUGCCCAUAUAUAUAUAUAUAUAUAUUCAUGGGCACUUAUUGAGUUCUUCGGGCACAAAAAUAAAUACCCAUUGCCCAAAAAUAUAAGAAAAUAAAUGGGUUCAUUUUCAUUAUGGGUAAUUUUAUUGGUGAUUGUAUCUUUCGUAAAAUUGUAACUUUGAAAGUAAUUAUUCAA